AUGGAUGAGAUUCGACAAGACGAUAAAAAAUAUUCCCCAGCCCAGGAGUUCCAGCUGGACGAGGGUUCGGGGAAGGUCAUUCCUCUUGAGGAUCAAGAACUCGAACAGUUCUAUGGCUCUUCUACUACACAGGCGUAUCGCCUCAAGUCAGAACUUGUGGGCAAAUGCUUGGAAGAGAUUGGGAUGGGAAAGUUCCAGUGGAAAUUGUUCGUGGUGACGGGCUUCGGAUGGAUUGUCGAUAACUUUGCGUCUCAAGGCAUUGGCAGUGUCCAGCCUCCUAUUGAGCUGGAAUUCUCAGACAUUACCCAGGUCAGCUACAGCUCGGUUGCAUAUUACGUAGGCCUCAUACUGGGUGCUUCGUUCUGGGGUCUGUCGAGCGAUUUGAUCGGUCGGAAACCCGCAUUUAAUUCCACCCUUCUUAUUGCCGGGAUUUUCCUCUGUGCCGUCGCAGGCUCAAUGAAUUUCAUCGCAUUCAGUGCUCUUUGGGCUGUUAUUGGCACUGCAGUUGGUGGCAAUGUGCCUGUCGACUCGAUGAUUUUCUUGGAAUUUGUGCCAGGAAGUCACCAAUACCUACUCACUGCGCUUUCUGCAUGGUGGAAUUUGGGUCAAUUGAUGGUCUCGUUGAUCGUUUGGGUCUUCCUAGCCAACUUCAGCUGCUCGGCUGAUGCGACCUAUGAGACUUGUGCUCGUUCACAGAAUAUGGGAUGGAGAUAUACUAUGAUCACACUUGGGGCACUGUCCCUGGCCUUCACGUUUAUCCGCAUCUUCGUCUUCAAGCUCCCAGAGACUCCAAGGUAUCUUCUCUCUCAGGGCAGAGACCAGGAUGCCGUAGAUGCUGUGAACUACGUUGCCAAACAAAACGGCAAGCCCGAGCCACUAACCAUUGGAAUGCUCCGGGAUAUCGAUGCCAGACUAGGCACAGCAUCUAGCGAAAGUGAAGCCAGGACAAAGCUUUCUACCAAGGAAAUUAUUUCAGAAAACAUGGAAGCCUUCCGAGGAACACAUUACCGAGCCCUAUUCGCGACUUCGAAACUUUCCAGACAAACACUCAUUAUCUGGGCUAUUUGGCUCACUCUAGGCAUCGGAUAUCCCCUCUACUUCAACUUCCUGCCCUCCUACCUAGCAACCAAGUUCACCGAAAACUCAUCACUAUAUCUAACAUAUCGCAACUACUGCAUUACAUCGGCAGUGGGAAUUCUGGGCCCCAUAUCCGCCGCAGUUGCAGUCAACACACGACUUGGUCGACGCUGGAUGAUGAGCAUAUCAGCCGUGAUCACGGCUGUAUUUCUCUUCGCCUACGUGGGAGUCGACAGCACCGCAGCCGACCUGGCAUUUUCCUGCGUUACGAGUCUGCUAGCCAACUUUGAAUAUGCUAUUAUGUACGCCUUUACUCCGGAGACAUUCCCAGCUCCGCACCGUGGCACCGGAACCGGUACGGCGGCUGCUCUUCUGCGAUUUGGAGGACUGGUUGCUAGUUUGAUUUCGUCGCAGACGGGAUUUACAAGUGCCCCGAUCUAUGUCAGCGCUUCACUAUGGGUACUUGCUGGGGUUCUAUGUAUUGGGUUGCCGUAUGAGACGCAUGGCCAUGAUGCGCUGUAA